CUUUGUGUGGAGAAUCAGAAUGAGCGGGCAUUAGAUGCUGUUAGGGAAUUCAUUCGAUUGUUUAAUAUAUCUUUCCAUAAAUAUAUGAAGUGAUAUUUUCCGGCUUUGGUGCUGAUUGAGGUUUACACCUCUAUGGCAACAUCGGCAUAUAAUAUUAUCGUCAUCACCUCCUCAAGGAAAUAACGGGUAGGGCUGCUGGUAUAUUUAUUUAUUUUCCCCUCAUGCGUCCUGCAACGUUGUUGGGAAACGCGAACGAGCCAGGCAGCGAUAUUUUACUGAUCAUGGAUUAAAGCUUGUGUGAGCUGCAUAUGAAAGAAAGGCUUCCAAUGCUGAAUAUGUCCACUCCCAGUGACCUUAAGUCUCCCUGCAUGACACGGAACGGCAUGGUCAAGCUGCCCCCCCAGCCCAACGGCCUCGGUUCGGCCAGCAUCACCAAAGGCACUCCAGCUGCCAAGAACCGCCUCUGCCAGUCCUCCUCUGUGCCCACCAUCUUGCCUCCCCCUAGCCUGCCCUAUCACCUGGAGCCCCUGCCCACAGCGGCCUCACUGCUAGGCCCCGACCUGGACACAAGCCCAGUGACUGCCAUCAAACCCCACCUCAGGCAAUUCCCCAAGCCCCUGCUGGAAAGGCAACUGGUGCUGGAUGAGAAGGUGCUGAACCGGCUCUUGUGGUACUUUACAACGACCGAAAAGUGCAUACUCGCCCAGGUGUGCAAGACAUGGAGGAAGGUGCUCUACCAGCCCAAGUUCUGGGAGGGCGUGACACCCAUCCUGCAUGCCAAAGAACUCUACACUAUCCUGCCCAAUGGGGAGAAAGAGUUUGUUAGCCUGCAGGCGUUUGCUCUCAGAGGCUUCCAGUUCUUCUGUCUGGUUGGCGUCUCUGAUUUGGACAUUUGUGAGUUCAUCGACAACUAUCCGCUGUCAAAGAAGGGAGUCAAGUCUGUCAGUCUGAAGAGGUCGACUAUAACGGAUGCAGGACUUGAGGUGAUGUUGGAACAGAUGCAGGGGUUAAUGCACCUCGAACUGUCCGGCUGCAAUGACUUCACGGAGGCCGGUCUGUGGUCCAGCCUGAAUGCACGGCUUACCUCCCUUAGCGUCAGCGACUGCAUCAACGUGGCUGACGACGCCAUCGCCGCUAUUUCCCAGCUCCUUCCCAACCUAUCGGAGCUCAGCCUGCAGGCCUAUCACGUAACCGACACAGCCAUGGCCUACUUCACCGCCAAGCAAGGCUACACCACUCACACGCUGCGCCUGAACUCCUGCUGGGAGAUCACCAACCAUGGUGUCGUCAACAUGGUGCACAGUCUGCCCAACCUCACCUCCCUCAGCCUGUCAGGCUGCUCAAAGAUCACCGAUGAUGGUGUGGAGCUGGUGGCUGAGAAUCUAAGGAAGCUCCGGAGCCUGGAUUUAUCCUGGUGCCCCCGCAUCACUGACAUGGCCCUGGAGUACAUCGCCUGUGACCUGCACAAGCUGGAGGAGCUGGUUCUGGACCGGUGUGUGCGAAUCACAGACACAGGCCUGGGUUACUUAUCCACCAUGUCCACUCUGAGAAGUCUCUACCUGCGCUGGUGCUGUCAGGUGCAAGACUUUGGGUUACAGCAUCUAUAUGGCAUGAGGAGUCUUCGACUUCUCUCUCUAGCAGGCUGCCCUCUGCUGACCACCACUGGCCUUUCAGGCCUGAUCCAACUGCAGGAUCUGGAGGAGCUAGAACUGACUAACUGCCCCGGCGCCACCGCCGAACUCUUCAAAUACUACUCCCAGCAUCUGCCACGCUGCAUGGUCAUCGAGUAGAACAAAGAGCUUCACGGGCCCCGGCACCCUCCAUAUCACCAAAACCUCCUCCUACAGACUGAUGAUAAACCCAACUUCAUCCUGGACCCACAGGGAGGGAAAUUGAAAAGAAGAAACAAAAUUUUUUUUCUGGAGGGGUGAAAAGGGAUCAUUGACAUGGAAGAUCUGAGAAAGGGUUGGAACAGGCCUUGACUGACGAGCAAGAGGGAAACUGUAUAAAGCGGAGUGGGUCAGAGGCUAGAUCUUUCAUUCAAUAAUAUGACUCAUUGUAAUCAGCCCCCACACAUACAUGAACAUGUUCCUCCACUGAACUUUGAGACUAGCUUCCAUGUCUCAUCCUACCUUGUUUUAUCUCGAAGUGAAAAAGGUGUGUUGCCAGUUUAAGCUGUCUCUCAUAUCCAGGGAAAGGUAGUGAGAGGGAAAAAUAGAGGAACCAAGAAGUCAAAGGGAAAGAAAGAGGUAAAAGAGCCACUGCAACAAGGUCUCUUCACUUUUGUCCAGCGGCAUCUGGUUUUCUGUUCCCCUCAGUGGUGCUGCCACUCCAUUUUGGUGUCUUAUCAAAGGACUCUAGAGAUGAACAGCUACGUAGAUUUCCACAUACACGCUACUCCCUUAUUGUCAUGCGGUUCUCUUUUUUCGUUUUUUAAAUAUUAUUUUUUUAAGUAUUAUUUUUGAUGAAAAGGAUUACUGUGAAAUAUUUAUGGUAUGUGAUUGAGGUUUCGAACGCUUUUUGAAUGAGAUGGAAAUCCAGGUACGGUGAUGGUACAGUAAAAGGAGGUACUGUCCUUUAAAAAGGAACCAGCAUUAUCAGAAGUCAGGAGGAUAUUUUAUCCCCCCAACAGAAUGCUCCUUUAAAGACAUAUUUAGAGUCCAGAACUUUUCGUGGAAGAAGAAAUGGAAUGGAACUGCUACAUUUUUUCUGUGGUUUAAAGGUGUUACUGCCAGGUUCUGUAGUUUAGAAACCACCCUCACAAUUUUACUCAUCUGUGGCUCCUACCUCAUUGAAUGAUGGAGUACAUGGAAUACAGGUACGCAGGGGGAUUAAUAGAAACAGCCAUUUGUUCACUUCCAACCGAGACUCUACCUGCUCACCCCAUACCAAACCCUACAAUUUUCCUCUCAGGAGUUUAACUUGCUGCUCAGAUCAUCUCUGUUGGGUCUGCUUUGAUGCUGACCUUUAUGAAGAUACUGUUCAUGUAUUUUACCAAGUUUUAACCAUAAUGCAUGUAAAGGACACUAAUAAGAUUAUGGCCAACUUGAAUGACAAAAUUUUGGAGUCUUAGGCAAAUUUUUUAAUUAAAAAUAAGCCCUUAUACAGCAACAAAAAAAAAAUUCUUAAUCAUUUUUGGUCUUGUUUUCCAGUAAAAAUAUCUAAACUUACUUUAAAUAAAAUACAUUUUCUUUAGAAGCAAAAUUACAUUAGAUAUUAAGACUUGUUCUCAGAGAAUUUGUCUUGUAUUAGGUUUAUUUUUCAUACCUCUCGGCGAUUUCUUUUUUUUUUUUUCUUGUUUUCUUGUUAACAUAAAUUAACAAAAUGUACUGACUUUUAUGGUUAAAAAAAGACAAAAACAAUAUGCCAUUUGGGUAAUUUUUUUACUAAAGCUUAAUUUAAGAUAUACUCUCUGAAAACAAGUCUUAUUUUCUAACAAAUUUGUCUCUGAAGUAAUUUUUUAAUAAUUAAAUAAUUGCCUCUAAAAGGAUGUUUAGACAUUUUUACUGGGAAACAAGACAAAUACUGAUUAUGAAAAUCAUUUUUAUUUUGGGGUGUUCUAGUGCAAUGCGUUUACCUCUGAAUAUUAUAAUAAUCUGUGGUCAGGUAUGGUAAUACAUGUAACUGCUACUUUUAUUCUUCAGGAAAUUGUACAGAAAUUAACUUUUAGAUCAAUGACAGAUGCUUUGGGGCUUUACAACAGCCAAAUCUCUCUCCAAAAGAAAGUGUGGUCACAAUUAAUGAGAACAAAAAGACAGGCUUUCCCUCUAGCACUUAAAAGGUCAGGAUAAUUCCAACAUCAUGUUUUUAAAGUGGACAGUACCCAAGCCCAACCCAAAUCCUCUAGGCUUUAAAGAUAAGAGGGUAUAUCUGCUAAAAGAUACAUUAACAAAAACAUUAACACUCACCUCAGACAGUCGAUAUCUCUUCAUGUAUAUAGUGGCCUCGUUAAUGAGGGGGUCACAGCUAAUCAGUGUUAAUGGCUACUGCUUAUCCGAACGAGAUCCCAACAGGCUCUUAAUCAUACUACUUUGUGUGACUUUAUUUAUCUUUUGUAUCAUUUAAGUUUUUACGUAUUUAUUUGCUUUCAUUUAUGGGUAGUGGGUUAAUUUAUUGACAUGAUGCACAUAUUUAUUUCUUUAUUAAAUUGACUAGGAUUCUAUGAGGUUGUUUGUUUAUAAGUACCUUUCCCCAUGUUUUUAUUUAUUUUUUUAAGGAAACACAGGAGACAGGAAAUAGCGGGGGAAGUGGAGUUGAUUUGUGAGAGACAGGGUUUUGUUUACCAUUACGUUUUAUGUUGUCAGAUGAAUUGGAUGAGCAGCCUCGUUUUGCCAAGGCUGCAGUGAUUCGAACAACUGCGGUGCCUGUUUCUGGUGGCCACGAUGUUGACACACAGCUGAAAGAGAAGAAUAGAAGGGAUGGACUGGAUGACAGAGGCCAGGCUGACACUCAGUUGACCUGCCUUUUCUAACCCUCCCACAGACCCUUCCUCUCAUGUUUAGUGACUGAUCUAUUUCCAAGCCUUCUUUUUGGUUGUAAAAUAGCAGUCUGUUGAGAGUUUACAUGCACAAAAGUACGCUGAAAAAAAGCGCAACAUGACAUUUGAAAUAGUCGGAUCAUUCUCCAUUUUUGACGUCAAAACAUAAACAGUCUUGCGCAUAUUGGAUAAGUCGGUAAGAAGGUCGGUAUGGGGGUAAUUGGCAAAAAACUACCCGUGUUGAUCGUUUUUUUUCUUCUUAAAGCUGAAGUAUGUAACUUUUUCAGUGUUAAAAUCAGUGGUGUAGUAGUGACUGAAGAGGUGGGCAUACUGUGAUUUUACUGAGAGCACAAGAAAACUGUGCUUACAUGAGACCUGAAAUAAUCAGAUUAUUCUUUGCUUUUGACAUCAAAACAAAAAGAGACAUGCACACAAAACUUGCACACGUUGGAAAAACCCAUAAGAACGCCAGUAAAGGUGUUUUCAUGCAACACAAAAUCAGGGUAAUGGGCAAAAAUCUACUUGUGCCGAUCGGCUUUAUGCUUAAACCGUUUAUGACCUUAACCCGAUUAGGAAAAAGCGCUUUAGGUGUUUACAUGACACACACGUUUGUCGGUUUAUUAAGCAUCAUUGGUAUAAGAACGUGCAUGUAAACACUAAAUUGUCUCCAGGAUUGGAUGUUGAAUAUUCCGCACCAGUUUAUAUGCCUGACUUCAGUCGUAGCCCUGUGUUUAAUUGCUUUGAGGUCUCGUCGUUUACUAGCAGAAAUGUUGCAGUAUUUACCUUUUAAAGAAGAGAACAGCUUUUACACACUUGCAAAGAUCUGAAAGAAAUUCCAUUAAAGAGCUUUUCAUCUUUUGUGCCUCCAUUGAUAAUGUAAACCAGAACCAUUUGAGAUGAUAUAAAGAGAAUAAUUAAUAGAUAUAUCAUUAAGGCAUUGCAUAGUAUUUAAGGACUAUUAUAUGAAACUGUCAGAGAUAUUGUAUUAAUCUUGUAUAAAUACUAUGGUUUUCACUUCAAA